AUGUCGACCACUCCCUGUAUCCGCCAAACACGAUUAAGGAGGGCUGUAGCUGAACGCUCUGCCUCACCCAACCAAACUCCCAUUUCGGUAUCAACCAUGUGCAGCUUCUGUGGCAAAGGGCCCUUCCUGAGCAUUCUGGGAUUGCACAAACAUGUCUACAACACACCUGCCUGUAAUCAAGCACGUCAAGCUGAGUUUGGAUCUUAUGUGGCAAAUAUCUGGAGAGAACUACCUGGUCAGACAGAUGAAGAGGCCAUUCAAACAACAGAGGACCACCUUACUGAUGCCGGCCCUACCUCCCCUCCAAAUGAAGAGGUUCAACUCGACCGAGACCUUGACACUGUUGGCGACCUGACACCUAGGGACCAAGAGACUUGGUCAGAUGAAGGCCCUCCACCAACAACAUCGCGACGCACUACCAUUGAGGAGGUUGAAGACGAGGAUGCCAUCCCUCGCUCAACACGUGAAUUCCGCUACAUUGAAGUUUAUCCAGAGAAUGAAAAAGCGGGGGCUACCUGGGGAACAGGAACUCCAUUGUUUGAGUCAAUAUGCCAACAGCAGGAGCAAGAUGGUGACUCAAUUUGGGGGCCCUUCGCUGAUGAAGCAGAAUGGGAAUUUAGCGCAAUGGCUGCUACAAAAUGUGGGACAGAAGCAAUCAGAUGCUUACCUCAAGCUGCCUAUUAUCAUGAGGGAAAGAACAGGGUGUAUGAUGAGAUGUGGACGGCCAGCUGGUGGUGGGACACUCAGAAAAAAUUACCUAUUGGAUCAACAAUUGCGGCGAUCAUUCUUUCAACUGACAAAACACACUUGUCCACUUUCCAAGGAGACAAGAAGGUGUGGCCGGUAUAUUUGACCAUCGGCAACAUAGAGAAAGACAAGCGCCGUAAGCCCACUGCCCACGCGACUGUCCUCAUCGGGAACCUUCCUGUCGCCAAGCUAGACAACUACACCGAUGCCUCACACUCAGAGGAGGGUUACUGCCUGUUCCACUACUGCAUGACCCAAAUCCUAAGCCCAAUUGUCGAGGCAGGCAAAGAUGGUGUGGACAUUGUUUGCGCAGAUGGCUUCAUUCGUCGAGUCUUCCCUCUCUUGGCUGCAUAUGUCGCGGACUUUCCAGAGCAGUGCUUGGUGGCAUGCUGCAAGGAGAGUUACUGUCCGAAGUGUUUGGUGGCACCUGGAGACAGAGGGUCAUUUGUCCAGUCAUUGUUACGUGAUGAGGAGUGUACCAAAGUCAUGCUCAAGCACAAGGCAUCUGGGCGACGGGUUCCAGAAUUCAAUGAUGAGGGGAUACGUCCAGUUUGGAAGCCGUUCUGGGUGAACCUUCCACAUAGCGACAUCUUCUUGUGUUUCACGCCCAAUCUUCUCCACCAACUUCACAAAGGCGUGUUCCACGAUCACUUGGUCAAAUGGUGUGUCGAGGUGGUGGGAGAAGCUGAGUUGGAUGAAAGAUUCCGUAGCAUGCCAGGCUAUCCUGGUCUUCGGCACUUCAAGAACGGGAUCUCAGCUAAGCUAUGCAAGCAUAACCACGAAGCCAAGCCAACGUUGGAAGACGAUCGCGGCCAGUAUCUUUUACCUGCCUGCAAUUUGAACCCGGGCGUCCAAGCUCGGCACUUUGGCAUACCUCCCAGCUCAACCACUAAGCCAAGUCAGCACUGCAAGAGGAAGUUGUACGUAAGACAACUAACCUGGGUCUGCAAGCUCGCCAGAGUUACAAAAACGAAAGAGUUGCGAUCGUUGCAUACAUACACUCUGUACACCUCCAGCUUAACCACUAAGCCAAGCCAACGGUGGAAGACAAUGUUGGUCGGUCAGUAUCUUUUACCUGCACUUAACUACUAG